AACAUUCCAUGGUUUGCGACGACGUGUAAACGCGGACCCGCUUCACUUGUUGUAUACAAGUAGUAGAGGGGUAGUCUUACUUAAAGCUGCUGCCUGUGAUUUGGUGCGUGUACAAGAGAGCAAGAAAACGGAGCCGUCCGACAAGUGAUAUUUUUGUCCGAUCUUCGGACGUUGACUUUGUAGGACAACCGCUCCGCCUUGGAAGCAGCCUAGCGGAUAAUUUUUGUAGGAGUAGCAGGUCAAUGUGUAGGCUUUGUAUUGAUGUAGUCAAGAUCUGCCUUAGUGCCCUGAUAUUCCCAGAGUAAGUGUCCGACCAUUGAUGGUGGCCGACCUUUGAUCCCUUGCUCUACUGACUCCCCUCCCCAUUUUAAUGUCCGUAAACAAACACCAGAGAAGCAGUUUAGCGCUCUUUCCUAGCAGAGUAGCUACCGCUAGCUAAGGCAGUACCACUGUUUUCACAGAGGCUAAAGAGAUGUUGCGAAUGUUAUGGUUCCACCUGACUGUUGCCUUACAAGCAGCUCUAACAUCCAGUCAGUGGCCCUACCACCAGAUAUAUCCCCCAGUCAACGACACGGAUGGCCGGACACCGCUGUAUUUCGCAACAGUACUUUCUUUUGGUGGGAGCAGCUACAAGAGCGUCGGAGCACUGCCGGGAAUCCAGAUAGCACUGGACUACAUCAACAGGGAACCCUCCAUCCUCCCUGGAUACAGUCUUCACUACACCCUCACAGACUCCCAGUGUAACAGGCAAACAGCCCUGAGUUCUUACUUCAGCCAGUUGAAGAAUCCGCCUAUUAAGAUAGGGUGGGUGGGGUCAGGCUGUUCCCCAGCAACAGAGCCAACUGCCGAGUUGACUCAUUUCUACAACAUCACACAGUUAUCUUGUGUAAGUUCGUCACCAGACCUGCAAAAUAGAGAAAGAUUUAGGUACUACUUCCAGCUUGUAGCCACAGAUGUACUUGGUGCGCAUGGAUUUUUUGGAAUAAUUCAACAUUUUGGUUGGAGGAAAGUCCGACUUGUUGUUCAAGAUGAAAAUAUCUUCACUGCUACUAUGGAUGAUUUGAAGGAUAUGUUGGAUAAGAAUGCAGUGGAGUACACAGAAGUACGGUUUAUAAGUGAGGAAACUGUGGCAAGCAUUAACGCUUUUGUAAGUUCAUUUUUUCUUCUCAGAUCUAUACUUUCCAGUAGCUAGCUUUAUAGUGUUAAAAAAACAUUCAUGCGACACAUUCGUUUUGAAAUUUGAAACAAUUAUGAGAUGGUAGCUAGCUUCUUUAUGUGCAUUUGAUACUGAUCACCAACAAUUGUGCGUGUGUAUUAUAAAAUAGUUAACAAACCAUUACUUUCUUAAGAACUCAGAAACCAGAAUAUAUGUGAUGGCAAUGUACAGUCCUCAUGCAAGGGAUGCACUUUGUGAGGCAUACAGACGUGGAUUUCAUUAUCCCAAGUAUGUCAUCAUAACUUUUGGCUGGUAUGUGAGACAGUGGUGGGAGAUGGAUGCACCAUCCACCAACUGCACUGCUGAGGAGAGAGCCCAUGUCCUCCUCUAUAGCUUGGCUGCUGUUUCGUCUCAGUUCCCUAGAGAGCAAGAUGAGUACACAUCUGAACCAAACAUA